CUUCUAGCAAUGACCGGUUUCCACUCGUCUCCCAUGAUGCAACGCACUGAGUGGAAUUUUUCAAAACGAGUCAGCGAUGGCGGAACAAGCUAGCAGGGAGGUGGUCACGGGGAACGGAGAGACAACAAAUACAUUCACAAAUGAUCACAACCUUCGAUCAAAAAUGUGUCUCCCAACUUCGCAAGGAAAAGGGAUCAACAUACACAUUAAAUCCGACACCAUAUGUAACGUCCCGAGCAGGACAAACGACUUCUCAGACGAACAACCAGCUACGGAAACGUCGGGGCGACUAUCCCGGGAAACACCGACAACAACAAGCAGAUGUAACACAUCAAACAGCUUCAAAUCAGAUGAGAUUAAAUCCAAAGAUAUCGUAGUAACCACGGACGAUAAGGAAAACGACAUCCUCUCCUGUGUCUCUGAUGUUGGUCGGUCUCUCUUCUAUUCCUAUUCACUUGGGCAUGAUGUUCACGUGUUGCUAUUCGUAGAUCCGUCAUCCACAGAUAGUACCUGUCAGGUUGUCACCGAGACCAGCACAGACACAGCCACCACUCUCCCCCCUCUGACCCCCUCCAAGCAGGCUGAGGCUGACGAUGCAGAGACGCUACGGAGGGCCAGGGAGGAGGGCUGUGUGGAGGUAGUGUUCCCAGGCUUGGUCACACAGGAGGGCUGCUGCCGCUUCGUCAGUGAGAUACUGAAGUGUAUCCUUUACCAAAGACAACAGCUGCCCAUGACCUAUGACCAGCUGGUUUACUCUCAGAAGAGACAGCAAGCUGCCAUGCAGGAGGCGGUGGGCUGGAGGCCCGGUCAGUCCACUGCAGAAGGCCUGGACUGGAGGAGGUGCCAGCGUACCCUCCAAGACCUUGAGCAGGUGCUACAACAACUGGAAGUGCUCUUCUCCCUCUCCCUGGUCCCCCGCGUGCUCCUCCUGGUCGGCGGCUCCCUCCUCCUUCCCAAGGAGCAAUACGAAGUCAACAUGGAGGAUGUGAUACUAGCCGCCGGCGACCGGAGCCUACGCGUCUCCUCGUGUUUGCGCCAAGUCUUCCGCACGCUCUUCGUGGCCGACCUGUUGUCUGACGCUAAACCUGUCCGGCUCACAGCCACGACGGUCAUGGUUCUGGCCCAUAGGGACUGUGGUGUGGGGUGGUUCCGGCCCAAGCUGGAUUUCAAGGUCCCCACACGGGUGAGGAGCCAGGUUAUUUCUCUGUCUUGUGACCCCAGUAGUGUCUCUGGGUCUGGGACGUCUGAGGGAGGAGGGCAGACUGCCUGGCAGGAUUAUGUGUGGUUUCAGGCCCCCUUGGCUAUCAAAGGCUUCAGCAAGUGACAUACAAGGGACAAGGAAGGUACUCUGACCCACAGCCAUAGUAUGAGAUGAGACAAGGUCCUGUAUUCAGAGUCUGAAAGUAAGAGUACUGAUCUAGGAUCAGGUCCCCCAUGUCUAUAUAAUCCUACUCGUACUGAUCUGAAGGCAAAACUGGGCCCGUCUUUAUGAAGUGUCUCCGAGUAGGAGUGCUGAUCUAGGUUCAGUUUGAUCUUUUUGAUCACAAUGACUAACAUUAUAUGGACUGAGGGCACCUGGUCCUAGAUCAGCACUCAGAGACCAUUUGUGAAUAUGGACCUGUGUAAACGCAGCAAAAGUGUUGACUGAGCGGAUUUACACAUUUGCCAUACCUCUCUCUCUCUCUCAGGGACCCCUGUCUCUCUGGCUGCGUUUACACAGGCAGUCCAGUUCUGAUCUUGUUUUCACUAAUUGGUCUUUUGACCAAUCAGAUCAGCUCUGAAAAAGAUCUCAUGUGAAAUUAAAAAAAUAUCAAAAUUGUGCUGCCUGUGUAAACACAGCGUAUGUAAUCCUGAGCCUAGUCCAGGGACUGUGUUUUUAUUACCAGUCAUAUGAAAAACUGUCGGGAUCUGUACAGAAUGAUUUUUAAUUAAUUAUGUUGUCUUUUAGCUAUGUAUUUACUUUUAGCUUGGCUAUGUGCUGUAAUGAAAACAGUAUUGGUGCUGUUACUGUGUAUAAUAUAGCCUACUAAAAAAUGUUAUGCACAGUAUGCCUACUUUUCAUCUGGUUGAGACGCAACACUGGCUGUACCUGUACUGUACAUUGACGUGUCUUGGUUUUCAAUAGCUUAAAAAUGGAGGUCUGAAACAAUAUUUUGUAAAUAUACAGUGCUGUAUGUCCGUUUUAGCAUGAUCACUAAAUGAUUUCAGGUUCAUUUGAAUUGUACACAUCUGCAACUAAAAGAUGAAUUGUAGUAUACAUUCCAGGACUAGACUUAAGCUGUGUCCGGGUUAUUCUGGGAAACCAGCCCCACCAAUAUUAGACACUACAAAAGACUUAACCAACCAGACAUUACAGGGCUGUCACAAUAGUCACGAUUACAGCAGUAGUGCAUUAUUGCAACAAGGACAAGAGAAGGAAAGAGCUGAAACAUCUAUGAUUAUAUGUUGCUUUCACAGUUCUUGUUCAAUAUGGAAGACAUUUGUAACCUGAAUGUAUUAGUGCUGGUCAAUUAUGUUUUGACUGAUAGUACACAUUAUCAAAUGACUAAGCUUUAUGCAUAUUACAUUGAUCUUAAAUUAUAAUAGCAUUGUUUGACAGAGUAUUUCAAAUAUUGACUUGAUAAGACAGUUUGUGAUUUUGAGCUUUGAUAACAGUAUAAAAUGGUUUUAGAGAAACUUGA